AUGACCACAAGGUAGAGGGCAAGGCAAUAUGGAAAAUUACGAAGUAGAACCCUCUCACAUCGAGCACGACAUAGACUCCAACCCUUUCGACGCUCCUCAGUUUUUCCACAUGGAGGUGCCCAAGGAAAAGGGCGCAAAGACUAUGGCCAACAAGGUGCUUAAAGUCCUAGGUCCUGGAAAACCAAUUGUCCUAUUUGCCGCCGGAAGGGCCACGGUGGCUUGCGUUUCUUGCGCCGAGAUUGUCAAAACGUACCACAAACAAAUAUUUCAAAUCACAAAACUGGGACAAGUGAGAACGACAGAGACCUGGGAUCCGGUAGCAGAUGGCUUGGACAGUCUCAAAGUUUCUAGGAGUGUUCCUAUGAUUUAUAUUCUUAUGUCCUUAGAGCAACUGGAUGAAAAUCAAGUAGGGUACCAGAAAUCCAUUGGAAGAAGAAAAGAAUUUCGAGUUCUGACAAUGUCUGAAUUAUCAUGCUCUAUGUCGGAAGAAUAUACCACUCCCCAAUCUCCUCCUCCACCACUUCCACAAUCAGAAAAAUCUGAACAUAAUCAAACAUAAAUAUGGAUAUCAUGAAUGAAGAAUAACAGUCACUUAACAAUUAUUCCAAGAAUUAAUACAUUUAUUUUAUCAAUCAAAAAUCUGGACUGGAAAUUGUAUCUUAUUUUUACUGCAGACAAAAAUGACAAAAUUCAAAAGAGAGAAA